CUUCAUCCGGGUUCCUUGCAGUCCGCUGUGUGGCUGAGGAGGCGGGAAAUGGCGACUAGUGGUGCAGUGAAUAAAACCUAAAUUAAUCAGAACAAAACACAAGAAACCGGCUUUAAAUAAAACAAGCCGGUGCUGGGAUCGUCUCUGCGGCAGCCGGGGGCAGGUUUCCGGGCUUCAGCAUCUUAGAUGUGACCGUAAAACAAGAUGAAGCUGAGAAUGCGUGAAGCAUCUCAGCCGCCAAACCCGUCUCGCCUCCGUCGGCAAGCCUGGAAACCCAAACGCAGACGAUCGCAGUGCUCGCUCUUAGGAAAGGGCCUUCUGAAGACCGUCAUCCAUCACGAUGCAGUGAAGGUGGAACAGAAGAAACAAGGAGGAGCUAAGAGGAGUCGUGUGUCCUGUGACCUCAUCACCUCGUCCCCUCGAAGCGCCAGCGUCUGUAGGAAAGGCGUCAGACGCAGGAGCCGUUCUGCCAGUCAGGAAACUAGGAACCAUGACGCGAGUAAACAGGCCAAAAGCAGCGUGAAGCUGGAGGCUGGAGAUGCUUUGGACAGUCCUCCCCGAACCACCCUGCUGGGAACCGUCUUCUCUCCGGUCUUUAACUACUUCUCCCCAGCCAACAGAACAGGUUUGGACCUGCCGGGUCAGGCCCUGGAGGCGGAGGAGAUCAUAAAGCAGCUGGAUAUGGAGCAGGUGGAGGAGAUGCCGAUGGGCACUGCCACAUCAUCGCCGGGGCAGUGUGCCCCCUCCUACCCCAGUGCCAUGUCCCCCUACCACAGCCACGCCGAGAGAGGGGACGAGGAAGAGGAUGUGGUCACUCACGCUGAUCUGCCUCCUCUCACGGCUGCAGGAUAUCCUUCAGUCAGCGGUUAUGUAGAGGUUCCUGCCUGCGUCCCCGACCCCUCGUGUGAGGAGGACUGGGAGGUGUUUGACCCGUAUUUCUUCAUCAAGCACAUACCGCCAUUAACCGAGGAGCAGCUAACUCGUAAACCCGCCCUGCCCUUAAAGACUCGCAGCACGCCCGAGUUCUCCCUCGUCAUAGACCUCGAUGAAACUUUAGUUCAUUGCAGUCUGAACGAGCUGGAAGAUGCAGCACUGACAUUUCCCGUCCUUUUCCAAGAUGUUAUUUACCAGGUUUAUGUACGGUUGAGGCCGUUCUUCAGAGAAUUUCUCCAACGGAUGUCUCAGAUUUACGAGAUCAUUCUUUUCACUGCUUCGAAGAAAGUUUACGCAGAUAAGUUGCUGAACAUUCUCGAUCCAAAGAAACAGUUAGUCCGGCACAGAUUAUUUCGCGAGCAUUGUGUCUGUGUCCAGGGGAACUACAUCAAAGAUCUAAAUAUUCUUGGGAGAGAUCUCUCAAAGACCAUCAUUAUUGACAACUCGCCGCAAGCGUUUGCAUAUCAGCUGUCUAACGGGAUCCCGAUCGAGAGCUGGUUUGUGGAUAAGAACGACAGCGAACUCCUCAAGCUGGUGCCUUUUCUGGAGAAGCUGGUGGAGCUGAACGAGGAUGUGCGGCCACACGUACGUGAGCGCUUUCGUCUCCACGACCUGCUGCCUCCUGACUGAAGCGCGAGUCUUGGGACGUCUGCAACCGAACACGAGUCAGAAAAACUGAUGAGCACGACAGAAAACCAGCCUUCUGUUUUAAAACACAAAUGGUUGCCUUUUAUAUUUCCUGAUGAGAGGAAAAAGAGAGAAGAUUUAACAGGAUUUAUAAAAAAAAAAAAACAACAACAACUGCUGUACAGAUGUGUAAAUGAGACUGUGUCCUUUCUCCGAGUCUCGGCACUUGGAGUGUUUGGUUUCGUUCUGCAUGUGCUCGGCCUGUCGUUUCACUCGCUUUAUCCGCUGAAGUGAGCGUCCACAGUGUUAAACAGGAUCCUCCUCUUUUUAUUUCCGUCGGUGCUCCAGUGGAACGAUGUUUCAGUUUUUAAUGGAAAAAGUCAUAACUUUUGGGUUUUAUUCUUCAGUUAUUCAUCUUAAAGCGUAUUCUUCAGUGACUUGGGUAUUAUUCAUUAAUUACACUGAAACCGAUAGGACAAGUGUGUAGUUAGGGAUUUAAGUCUGGACCAGCCAAAUGUUUAAGUGGAUUAAAUACUCACUGGCCACUUUAAUAGGAACACUUGCACCCCUGCUCAGUUAUAGUGAUUGGAAAGAGGAAAAAAAAAAAUUUCUUGCUCUUUUCCCAGUCUGUGCUGUUUCCCAAAAGUAUCGUAGCUCAAAGAUCAUCGUUAAAUGGUAGAACGAGCAGCACAGUGAACGCCCUCUCUCCUAGUUAAGAUGCUCUUAGCAUUGAGGCUUUUGGGAAACCCGCCACUGUUCGAGUCUCGGUUACUGUAUGUAGUGGUCUUGUGCUCUCGUAACCCAUCUGCCUCAAGGAUCCGCCGUGUUUCGAGAUGCUUUUCUGCUCCGCAUGGUUGUAAAGAGUAGUUAUUUGAUUUAUCAAAGGCUUCCUUUCAGCUCAGAGCAGUCUGGAGGUUCUGCUGUUUCCAUCUGCGCAGCUGCUCCUCACUGGAUGUUUUCGGUUGUUUCUUUUGCACCAUAGUGUGUGUGAGAGAGAGGGAGAAUCCCAGGAGAUCAGACAUUUCUGAAAUGCUCAAAUCAAACCGUCUGGUAUAAACAACAACCGUGCUCCAGUCAGAAUCGCUGAGAUCAGACGUUUUCUCAUUCUGAUGUUUGACAUGAUUUGAUUGUCUGAUUGGAAUUACACAAAUGAGCAGCUGUACAAGUGUUCCUAUUAAAGCGGCCGUGACGACUAAAUAUCUUGCUCUGUUUUCCUGGAGGAGGUUAUGACGUGUUCUAGAAGUAUUUGGACAGCUGCACUUUCAGUACAUGUCGUUCAUACCCAAGUUAUGAUUUUCGAGAACACCACCUGAGGUCACUUUUUUUUUUUAAACCGUUUUUAUCAAGUGGGUUUUAUUUUAUUUUAUUUUUUGUAUUAGAUAUCUAUUUUUUUAAAUCAGUGUUCAUGGUCCAUGACGGUUUACUAUUCAUUUGUAAAUAAGUGUUUUUAAUGGAAUAGAGCUAAAGUAGCAUGAGGGUUUUUUUUGUUGUUGUUUUUUUUCGCGCAAACUGAAAUCGCCCACAUCACAUGAGUGCGUGGGUCGUAGCAACAUCAUCGACUGGCAUGCUCUAAUCAAGACUUUUUUUUUUUUUAAAUGAAGCAAAAUGAUUUGCCAAUAAAACAAAUGACACCACUUAACACACAUGCGCGGAAUUAAUAAAAUGAAUAAAAAUGUCUAGAAAAUGGCUAAUAAUCUCACAACAAGGCACAAAUAUUCGAUACAGUGACCGUGUUCCUGACUAACAUGUUGUUUUUACAGUGUUGAUGAGCUAGCUUUUCUUUAGAAGCACUUUUUGCUUUGUUCGUGGAUCUCUGCAACCUCCAGGGAUCCAUGAAGCAUAUUCGAGGGGUCCGUGAUUAUUUAAAAAAAUAAUAAUUUUUAUUACAGUUUUGAAAAUCAUAACUCGCCCUUAUCAAAGUUAUUCUGUUUAGAAAUGAUGUCCGCUGGAAUAAAAAGGGGGGGGGGGGGGGGGUUCUGUGGGUCAAAAGUUAAAAAUAAUGUUUAACGUGCCUAAUUUUUUUUUAAACUGGAGAAAGUUUGGAAACCCCCAGGGUAAAGGAUUGAAUUUCCAUUUGCAAUUUUUUUUUAAGGCACUUAUAUAUAUGAAAUGUAAUCUUGUGAGCAUGUUGAAGAAUUUUUGAAAUUAGAAAUCUUGAGAAAUCCUAAUUAAAAUCGAAGGCAAUACUAAAUCACUAAAAUAUUCAGAGUUAAGUCUAAAUUUAAUGCAAUAAUAAAAACAAUUAUACAUUUUGGUGCUGCAGUAAUGAAUUUGUAUCUAAUUGAAGGUUUAUAUGAAAAUUAACUUCAUGAGUGUUUUGGUUUUAAUUUUAUUUCUAGCAUUUUAUUCUAAAAUGUUUGUGCUGUUAAGUGUUUAACUGCGUAUCUGAUGAGCUUUAAAGCCUUCAUGUAUCAAAGUGCAUUUUUAAAAAAAAUCCCUGAAAUCCAUAGUAGGAAAAAAAGCUUCUGUAAAAUGUUUUAAAUUUGUAAUAAAUAAUUGCAAAGCAAUACAGGAGGAGAAGUGAUCCCAAGGAUCCUGCUCAAUUUUUAAAAAAGAAAAAUAAGAAGAAAGGAAGGAAGUGUGUACUAUUCUUUCUCAUUGAAAGAGUUCACAAUCACUUACAUAAAGUAUGCAAAUGGAUUGCGUGUAUUUUAUUAAUGCGUGUUGUACAAAACAGCAGUCAUUCUUUAUUUUUUGUGGUGGUUUUUUUUUCCCCCUCCUUUCCCUGCAUGCUGUGUGUGAGAUUUUUGUCCUGAGUGCAAAAAUUCAGCUGUAAAUAUUUGCGAGAGUUUUUCAGGCACAUAAUAAUCCAAGAGACUUAUUUUCCAUUUUUCUCACAAAGCUGGAACAGAAAACACUCAGUGACGCGAAAAUCCUUAACGUAAGCAAACUUUUUUUUUUUCUUUUCAUCUUUGAUCUAAAAAAAAAAGCAGUUAAUUUUAAAUGAACAUGUAUUUAUCUCUGUUUGUUUUUCUCUUUACUGUACUGUGUGGGUUUUUUUUUUUUUGUAUGUUCAAUUCACCCUCAACCUGAAUUCCUGGCUGUUUUUGUGGGAAAGUCCUGAAUUAAAUUUUAACCGUGGCAGAUUUUCUGCACAAACCAAA